UUUAGCUGCUAACAUAGUUGCUAUAGCUAACAAGUCGCUAACCCUACUUUGCCAUUACCAUUUUUUUUUUUUUACCUUUACGAUAAAUAUCUCCACUUUACGUCCGUCUAUUAUAUGAACAAUGGACUCGGAUUCGUUGUACUAUUCUUUGGACCUGGUUGCAGGAAGCGGACAUACUUUAAACCUUGAGAAAAAAACAGCUCUGCAGACAUCCUUAGUGAUCCUUAAGAAAAACUACAAGUUUAAUCGAGUCUUGUUUUGGGGCAAAAUAUUAGGUUUGAAGGACGAUUAUUUUGUCGCUCAAGGGAGAGGAGAAGAUGAGAUGAAGGAUCGAAAAUAUCUGUAUAGCUUCAACUGCAUGGACUGGUACCUGCUCCCUUCUGUCACAGACUCCAUGACUGAAGAAGUGUCCAUAGCUGCUAAAGGUCGAUUCAUAGGUGAUCCCUCAUAUGUGUAUGAACAUGUUGAGACUCACAGAGAAGGGGAUGGAGAUGAGGAUGGAAAGGAGGAGGAGGUCGUGAUUAAGGUGAAUGAGGAACGGAGGCUGGCAGUGACAGUUCAUCAGAUAGAUAAGGAAGUGUCUGUGGUGCCACGUGGUGCCUUCAUCCGGACUCCUCAUGGACUUGUCCAGAUGAACCGUAGCUUUGGUGGACUCUCUCACUCAGAAACCUUGAAGCUGAACAAUUUCCUCCACUUCACUGAACCAAAGAAUCUGAAGAAGAAAUCGAUCCUGGAGAUGGCUGAUCUGAACCCAGUCAUUGACUUCAUGGAUGUACUUAGUGAUGACAUCCCUAAAGGAUCAUGGAGCCUUCAGUUCGAGUGUGCCAGCAAAGUGUGUGUGAUUCGCAGCCUCUUGUGGCUCGGCCUGACCUUCUACCACGUGCCAAUGACGCCGCAGCAUGGAUACAUCUACAUUGGUGACGGGACAAAGAAUCUCGACCUUCCCUUCAUGCUAUAAACAAAACAACUUAAACUUAGUUCAAGAUGUCAUUUUCUCGUGGCUUUUUUUUUUUUUUUUUAAAUAUCAGCUCUAAAAACUGUAAUUUACUCUAUGCACAGUGUUUUGAGAUUUAAGUUUGCGUAAUUG